AUGAAUGAUCCAGAAAAUAAAAACAAUUUCACAAAGGAAACUCAAAUCAAUGGAAAUGACGGUAUUGAUCUAAACAAUGCAACAGGUAGUGCAUCACAACUCAAUAUAUUUUAUAAAGAAAAUAAGAAUCAUCAUUUCUUAGGAACCUAUACACUUAAUACUGCAAAUGUUUCAUAUUCAUUUAAUUUAAAUGAUAUUCCUAAUGUAAAUUACACACAGAUUGGAAAUAUUAUAAAGUUAUCACUAUGUUUUAAUAUUGGUAAUACAGUGUCAAGUGUAACAGUAAAGGGAGAAGCUGCUCAAUUUGUUCAGUUUAACGAUUAUUGGGAUAUGAAUGUAACUGUUCCUAGUAACAUGAGUGAUAACAUUGCAACAGUAAAGAUAGAGUUUAAACCUGAUCCUGUAAGCACCAAUAGAAUACCUUCGAAAUCAAUCGAUUUAACAUUGAAGCCUUUUAUCAACAACCAAGACCAAAUACCAGUGUCAGGUAUCGCACCUAUAACUUUAACUGGUGGUUUCCUUAACCAGCUCCUUUUACAAAGCGAUACCAAGAUUACGCAUAUACAUUUCAACAGCACCAAUAACAAUGUAAAUAGCAAAAACAAUUUAAUAUGUAACAAUGUAACAGUUAAAUCAAAUGAAGAGAUCAGUUGCAUUCUAGAGAGUGGCGCUGGAGUCUAUGAUUAUCAAUAUAGUUUCAGUGGUGAUGGUGCUAACCAAAGUUUGUUGCCACCUGACAUUAACAAAGUGGUAAGACUAUCCUUUGAAGAACCAAUUAUUAAAUCAGCAAGUGUGGUUGACGAUGUUCUAUUGAUUGAAGGAUCUGGAUUCAACGAGCCAAUCUCGGUGACGAUCAACGAAAAUACAAAGUGUACAUUACCAAAGAUUAGCAAUUUUACAAACAUCAAAUGUAAUAUCACCACAGAUACCAAAAUUCACACCAUCAGAGUUGAUGUAGCUAAUCAACACGAUGAAUAUCUACUUCAUGAUGACCUUUCAUCAUCUUCAUAUAUUAAAACAAACUUUUUAUACUUAAUAACAUUACUACCAUUAUUAUUAUUAUCAUCAAUCUAA